AUGAAGCGGGAGGAGAAGGGCCUGCUGGGGGCAAAGCUCACUUUCAAGGCAAGCUCCACCGGGAUCCUCAUUGAGGCCGUCAGCAAAGAAGGCCUCUUCGCCGAAUGGAACACGAAGAACCCGAAGAACAUGAUCUUGAAUGGUGACCACCUUAUCGCUGUGAACGGUGAGGCGCUGAAGGGGCGAGACAUGGUGGAGCAGCUCAAGAAGGAGCAGAAGCUGACACUGACCUUCCUGCGCUGGGGAUAG